CUAGAGUAUAAAUAUUUAUGCUGUGGCUUAACUGGAGUGUGAUACUUUUCCAUGCAUAGGUUUUCAAAAUGGCGGCUACUUCGAGGUAUGAUGCCAAUAAGGUGUGCUGUAGUUCUCACCCGGAUGCUCCAUUAAUUGAAGAUUACAGAGCUGGAGACCAAAUUUGUUCAGAGUGUGGAUUGGUUGUAGGGGAUCGAGUAAUUGAUGUUGGCUCAGAAUGGAGAACUUUCAGUAAUGAAAAGAGUGGUGUGGAUCCUUCUCGUGUUGGUGGACCAGAAAAUCCUUUACUUGGUGGAUCAGACUUGACCACUAUGAUAGGACCAGGAAGAGGUGAUGCAAGUUUUGAUUCAUUCGGGGUUGCAAGAUACCAAAAUCGGCGGACUAUGAAUAGUUCGGAUCGUGCUCUAAUAAAUGCGUUCAAGGAGAUUAAUGCUAUGGCAGAUCGAAUUAAUUUGCCUAGGACUAUUGUUGACAGAGCUAAUAAUUUAUUUAAACAAGUUCAUGAUGGACGUAACCUGAAAGGACGCUCAAAUGAUGCCAUUGCAUCAGCUUGUUUGUAUAUUGCAUGUCGUCAGGAAGGUGUACCGAGAACAUUCAAGGAAAUCUGCGCUGUUAGUAAAAUAAGUAAGAGAGAAAUUGGACGGUGCUUUAAGCUAAUUCUAAAAGCACUCGAAACAUCGGUGGAUCUUAUAACAACAGGAGACUUCAUGUCCAGAUUCUGUUCCAAUUUGGGCUUGCCUAACAUGGUUCAAAGGGCUGCCACACAUAUAGCAAGAAAAGCUGUAGAAUUGGACAUUGUUCCAGGUCGUUCUCCCAUAUCAGUGGCUGCUGCAGCAAUUUACAUGGCUUCACAGGCCUCUGAAGACAAGAGAAGUCAAAAGGAAAUUGGAGAUAUAGCUGGAGUUGCUGAUGUUACUAUAAGACAGUCAUACAAAUUGAUGUACCCACACGCUGCAAAUCUAUUCCCACAAGAUUUUAAGUUUGCCACUCCAAUUGAUCAGUUGCCUCAGAUGUAAUCAAUUAUGUUAUGUAUUUUUUGCCUUUACUAUGAAUUAUAUUUUAGAAUUUUAUAUGUUUUUAGGAAUAUAUUAUAACUUAAUAAAGGAUAUUUUUGUUAAAUUUCUUAAUUUAUUUUAUUUACCUUAUCUA